AGGAUACUGAAAUGAAUGUGCGUUGUUGACGAGGAUGUUCUUGAAAAGAGGUUUUUUCACGGUGCGCGAUAUCAAGCACCCUAGUUGUAACAUCGCGCCAGGUCGUCUAUUCAGAAGGAGCUUACUAAGUCAUAUUCAAAACAAGAACCUGCCUCUCCUUUUACCGUCUGUUUUUGUGCAUAUUAACGCUAACACAAGUAGACAAGUGGGUAACAUUAAUGCCGUGAACGUAAAGCUGAUGGGCGACAGCGUGGGCUGGGACGGUCCGCCAGUGGUAGCAGACGCGCAGUUUUGGGCCGCACCCGCUCCUACUCAUGCACAACCGCUUGCAAAUGGGUAUGGCACUACAUCUUCCGAUGCCAGGAAUUGGCACGGCAGCGCCAAAGGUGAUUCGUAUCUAGAGACUUAUCACAGCGACCACAAGGGGAAAAACUAUGGGUCUGCAAAAAACCACGGCAAAUCUGCAAAGAGUGGGCGCGCGAAGGAGAACUUCGGCAAUCAUACCACCGACCACAAAGGGAAGCAAGGCAAUCGCAGUCGCGGCAAACCGGGUAAUAUCAGGUCCUUGUUUUCGAACGCAGCUCCGAGCGGGGCACGCUCGCGGGGCGGCAGGAGGCAAGAGCUCUUGUCUGUGGAUGUAGAUGGUACUGUGGCGAAUAUUACAAAGCGCAUUGAGUUCGCGGAGACUCAUGGUAAAAAGGGCAGCUCAGCGUAUUGGGAAGCUUUGUUGGAUGGUGAGUACUACCAUCUCGACGAGCCGAUCGUUUGGUGCCGGACCUUUCUCCGGGCCUGGAGCGGCAUGACGCCGUUUGACGAGCACAAAGACGCCAUUUUAUCCUCGUCGGCGAAGGAUGGAAAUAGUCAUGCGCCCGCGCCUGUCGCCAUGGACGUCGACUCAGGCAACGCUUCCUCGUCAUCGAGCUCUGGCACGGGCGAUCUGGCGAAUGUGCAGGUUCCUCCACCCCCACAAGCUUCUAGUAGUGGAAGCGCACGAGCCGUGAUUUACGUGUCCGGUCGGCGCAUGGGUACGGAGGAGCAAACGCGGGACUGGUUGCGGCAGCACGGUUUUCCGGAUGGGGAAAUUCGGCACCGACCUCGAGGGGUUCGCUCCAUGUUGUGGAAGCGCGAUGUGCUCGCGGAGCUGAAGCAAAGGCAUAAAAUCGUGGCGCACAUCGGAGACCGAGAUGACGACACCGAUGCUGCGGCGCAAGCGGGGGUGCGAGGCAUUUUCGUCUAUCCGGAUUUGUGGCUGACAAGGCGACAGGCGGAAGGCAGGGGGGUAAGCGACCUGAUAACUGUAUUUCGUGAGGACGGUGGUGAGGCAUAAGACAAUUUUUCUUCGCCGACAAAAUAAGCGACUUUUUUAUGCGUGUGGUCAAAGAUAAAGCGACAGGCGCAGGUGGUUCUCGCUACGAAAUAGCAGGACGCAGACGCGCCAGAGCCAGUGUAGUUUUUCUUCUCAAGAGCGAAAU